AUUUGGAUCGUUUAUUUAGAUUAAUCUAUACUCGGAGGCCCGAGUAUAAUUAACUAAUUUAAACUAAGCUACGCUUCCUCACAUACACGCGCACACGUGUAAGCUAAAGUAGUGAGCCAAAGUAGGCCCAUUACAUGGACAAGCGAGACGCAGCUUCCUGGUUAGUUUACCAGCGAGAACGCCACCGAAUCAACCAGACGCGCUACAGGGAGAGGCAAAACGAGUUCUUGGCGAGGCUGGUGGAAGACAAUCGCAAGGUUCGAGAAGAGAUCGCAGGACUGGAGCAGAGCCGCGUCAGCAUCACCCCGCUCCAAGUUACGCCCAGGGAAGCUAACGUCUGGGGUGUGGCGGUGGAGUACUUCCGACUGUUCCGGUAUGGUGUCCCAGACUCACCGUUGACUACGAGUUCCUGUGUCCAGCUAGACUUCAUGCGCGCAACCAUGGCUCAGAAUGUGGAGGUCAAUGGAGGGCGCGGCGCUGAGACGAUGCUCAAGAGCUGGAAAGGCCGCGCGCGCUGGUUCGAUGACGUGGAUGUGGAGCUCCUGGCGUUGCUCAAGGGUCCAGGAGACUCGGUGGUAGCGUCCACCAAGGCGAGCAUCACUAUCACCGACCAAACGCUGCGCUACGUGUUUCCGCAUCUACGUAGCGACGAAGACGGAGCCGCUGGAGCCAAGAAGGCGUUGAUUGCGGACAGGAUACUUGGCCAACAGAUUGUUUUGUACGGGUCAACGAUUUUUGGUUGGGACGGCGACUGCAACCGCGUGACGAGCGCGCUGGCCCAGUCCGACAUGCUGACACCGAUGCUGGCGCUCUUAGGGAGUCUGGACGACGUCGCUCUCCUGUUCGACAAGUCCCUCAUGUUGCCUGACUCAAAGUGGAAGGCGAUACCAAAGAACUGA